CAAUUGUGCGACGAACAAUUUUUGCGACAAUUGACAACAAAUGGCCGAUGGAAAAAAAACUUGAUUUUAUUUCUGUGCGAUAUUCAAGAAUAUGCCGGCACCUCCAGAUCCGAAAUUUUUGUUACGCGGUGACAUGGACGAGAGGGUGCACAGCUUGUUAUUCCGGAUUAAUUCCGACGUGGAGCAUCUUUACGCUGGCGACGGAAGUGGCACACUUCACAUAUGGGAUUUGAGAAAAAAUAGGAUAGUCAGUCAGUUCACCCACGACCGCAGUCCGUCCUUCAAUUUACAUGCAACCGAUGAGACUGACCUGAUAGUGCAACGAAGAUCCGGUGAAAUACAGGUAUACAAUGUAAAUGAAUCAAGUUGGACGCUAGUUAAAAGUUUUUCUUUCACAUUUUACAACUAUUGCAGAUCUCAAUUGUCACCUGAGAAGCAAUCAAUAUUUAUUCCACUCGAAUCUUCAGCAGUUGGAAUGUUGUCUUUAAAAACUUUUGAUAUAGAAUUGACAUUAGAUCCGUCUAAACUGUCGUUUGGUAACAAACUUGGUCAGAUAAUGGCGAUAAAACCACUAACAGAUGUGGAUGGUUUGGUUCUGGUCAUUUAUGAAGUUGGAAAGAUGUUAUUGUGGGAUAUAAGAAAGAAUGAGGUUGUCAGUUCUCUCAAGGUGGAGCAAUACCCAAUGACCUUUGAUUUUGAUACUUCGCUGAUGAAGGGAAUUCUCGGUAGCGCGUCAGAAAAGUUGGAGAUUUUUGAAAUGGCACCAGAUCACACCUUGUCCCACAAACUCACGAGAGAACUCACAGACGAGCAUGUUACAGGAAUAUCUCAUCUUUCUAUAAGACCAGACAAAAAAAUUGUCGCUGCUGGUACCUGGGACGGACGUAUAAUGUUAUUUUCCUGGAAGAAACUGCGACCGCUCGCGAUAUUAAACGAACACAAAGACACCGUUUACGAUAUCAUUUUUUCGCGGCGUAAGGUCGAGUCUUACGACACCGAGUGCUUAAUGGCGGCGACUGGUAAGGACGGUGUGAUCUCCAUGUGGGAUAUAUACAACUGAGAAGAACAUGCGUGCCAGAUAAAAAUAUGUGUAACAUAUAAUAAUUACGGAGAUGAUUUGCAAAAAAAUAAAUUAAAAAUCAUAAAUUUUCUUU